CACCGCACCGGGUGCUCACUUAAGGCUGAGUCGACCUAGGCGAGGCCCAGAACCGGUUUAGAUCAUCGUUACCGAUGUUUCGCACUCGCCAAAGGGUAGUGACGUCACCACGGUACUUGUGCCAGGCGAGGUGCACACACUCCAGAGUGCGGACACUCGCCUCCCCCUCACCCCCCUCCCCUUCUUGAACCCCACGUGGUUGGCGGCGCGUGAGGGGGGGGGGGGCGUGAGAAGCAGGAGGUGACUCCGUCUGAUGCAAGGGGCAUCAGAAGUUAAACUUCUAAGAUGAUUUAGUUUGACCGGGUGAGAACUCAAGAGAGACCAGCGGGACGGGUCUCGGUUGUGAGCGUGGCCUGGGACAUCGAUCUGCCAGUAGGGUGCGGUGAUUUCCGCCACGGUGUUUAGGAGCAAAUUCGCGGUGUCGUUUUCGAAUUUGGCAAAUGCGCGGUCACCAACGCCGGCACACCCAAUGGACCUACGACUCUUUUCACAUCCACUGGGAAUGAAACAGACGUUGCGUGGUAGUAAUUGUGUACGGAUAUUUAUUACACCCGCAGUAUUAACCAGGGCGGCCGCUGGGUUAAAGGUAGCAACGAAAACCAUUAUAAAGCGGCGGCAGCAGCAGCUCCAGUGAUUAGCAGGCAAUAGCAGGAAGCAGCAGGCAACAGUCGGGAGUAGCUGGCGACAGUGCGGGGCAGCAGGCAACAGUUUGGAGUAGUUGGCAACAGUAGGAAGCAGGAAGCAACAGGCGGAAACAAAUCCACGGUCUAAUUCGGAGCGGAGAAAUUGCGUGGGGGUGGUGGCCUGCGCCUCUCCGCUCCACACAGCCACUGUUGCCGCUCCGUCGUUACUGCUGCUCCUGCUGCUGCUUCGACUGCUGCUGCCCCGCGAUGCUGGUGGUUUAGACGACGCUGGACUGGGUGGAGGAGCAAGGUGCUGGUGGACGUGGUGGUGGAGAUGGUUGAUGGGCGAGGGAAGCUCCAGUGAUGGUCGUGAUGAAGCGCUGCUCCAUCUCCUUGCACGCGCACAUGGACGCGCUCAAGGUCAUCGAGGAUGACCAGGAGCCGUCGUGCAGCUCGGGGCGAGCUCCAUCUCGUGGGAGCUCUUCCCCCUUCUCGGGGUUCAAGUCCCCAACCAAGCGACUCGGAAACCCGGCACAGCGCUCCGCCAGCUUUAGGGGGCUGCAGCGCCCCUCGCCCCCCACUCUCCGCCCCUCGCCCCCCACCCCCCCGCGCCGCCCGUGCCGCGCCUCGUCGCGCCUGUGGAGCGAGACGUUCGCCUCGGAGUCCAAGAGGGAGCUCAGCACGCGGGACCUCCGCAGGCAGGAGGCGAUCUUCGAGUUGUUCCAAGGGGAACAGGACCUCGUCGAAGACCUGAAGCUCACCAAGAUGGUUUACCAGGACCCCAUGCGGAAGCUGAACAUCAUGAGCGAGGAAGAGUCACAGAAGAUUUUCGGCAGCCUGCAGUCGCUGGUGCCUCUCCAUCAGGAGCUCGUAGAGCGGCUGCAGGAGGCGAGGGGCCCCGACGGAUCCGUGGAGCGAAUGGGACAGAUCCUGCUCAACUGGGUUCCCCGGCUGCGCCCCGCGUACCGCGGCUACUGCUCGAGCCAGGCGGAGGCGCGCGCUCUGCUCGAGUGGCGGCGCCGCGACGAGGAGAGGGUGAGCGACUUCCUGCAGCGCUGCCGCGAGUCGCCCUUCUCGCGCCGCCUCGACCUCAGCAGCUUCCUGGACGAGCCGCGGUCGCGCCUCGUCAAGUACCCCCUGCUGCUGCGCGAGGUCCUGCGCCACACGGGGUCCGCGCACCCCGACACGCCGCCCCUGCAGCGAGCGCUGGAGGAGUCGCAGGCGCUGCUGGAGGAGAUGGACGCGCUGGCCGGCGAGGCCGAGUGCCGCUUCUUCCUGGAGCGCCUGGAGCUCGGGGAGGGGGAGCAGCGGCAGCCGGGAGCGCUCGGCGCCACCCGCAGCUUGCGCUGUCAGGGCGAGCUACGCAACCUGCGCGGAACCAAGGUGCACGUCUUUGUGUUCGGCACUGCGCUCGUGGUGUCGCGCCCGGGCUCACACGCGACGGGGGGCCGCGGCCCGCGCUACCGCGUCACGGGCAGGCCCAUCCCGGCGUGCGACCUCGAGCUCUACGACCUCCGCGACGGCGAGGUCAAGGCGGGGGGCUCAUUCCGGGGGGCCUUCGGGGCCAGCGAGACCGCCAAGAACUUCUUCAAGGUGGGAUUCCGGAACCCGGCCCACGGCCCGUCCCACACCCUGCAGGCCUCCGACUCCUUCAGCAAGCAGCAGUGGCUUGGCCACAUUCGGGCGUCCAUCGCUGAGCACCAACAGGAUCUUCAGCAACAUCAACAAUAUCAUCAGCAGCAGCAGCAGGAACAGCAGCAGGAGGGACUCAAGGUCGAGGCGCCACCAGUGAUGAUGAGGAAACGAGGAGAAGUAAUCUCCAGACUGCGCCCCGUGUCAGCCAUGCUUGUGUGCCCGAGGACCUCCGUCCAGGUCUGUCCCGCGGCGAGACCCGGUGCCGGAGCUGGGAAGGUCGGAGCCGGGAGGACCGGCGGUGGGAAGGGCGGUGGAAUUGGCAGAGCAUCCGGGGAUGGGAGGGGUGAACGGGCGGACCCCGGAGUUGUUGAUGUCGACGCCGCAGGAGAUGGGGACGGGAAGUGGAGGACGUCUCACGGCAUCACGGUGAAGGUGACACCGGCGGGGAUGUGAUGGGUGGCCCGCUGCCCCCUCCUCGCCGGACGACGAAGUCCACCUCGUGAGGCCGCCUCGAGGUCACUCCGCAAGGCCGCGGCGUUAUCACUCUCGUCGUUGCCAUCAUCGUCGUCGUCCGUUGGAUGGCUCGUUGGUUCGAGUCAGCAGUGGCCGGUUGUCAAGUUGGUUAAGAAUGGAGUUCGGACUCUCACUAGUGGCUGCUUGGCUGUUUGGUUAUGGUUAAUUCUAGCACUAGUGGCUGAUUGGCUGUUUUGUUAUGGGUAAUUCUAGGUCUAGUGCCUGAUUGGCUGUUUGGUUAUGGGUAAUUCUAGGACUAGUGGCUGCUUGGCUGUUUGGUUAUGAGUAAUUGUAGCUCUAGUGGCUGAUUGGCUGUUCGGUUAUGGGUAAUUCUAGGUCUCGUAGCUGAUUGGUUAUAAGUAAUUCUAGCACUAACGGCUGAUUGGCUGUUUGGUUAUAGGUAAUUCUAGCACUAGUGGCUGAUUGGCUGUUUGGUUAUGGGUAAUUCUAGCACUCGUGGCUGAUUGGCUGUUUGGUUAUCGACAAUUUUAGCACUUGUGGCUGGUUGGAUGUUUGGUUAGGAGUAAUUCCAUAACAAGUCACUAGUUGGCAGUGUUAGGAGUAAUUCUAGCUCUGGCGGCUGAAUGGCUGUUUGCUUAGGGGUAAUUCUCGCUCGAGUGGCUGUUUGGUUAGGGUUCGUGGCAGAGCUUGACUCUGAUUGGCUGUGUGAGCCUCUCGUCCGUUUGCCCGCCUCUCUGCGCUUUACCGCAUCCCGCGUCCGGUGCUCACGGUCGCCGGGGAAAACCGCGAGACCCCCACGCGGUGCACACAGGGAUACGGAUCUCCCCCAUACCCCGUGAGUUGUAAGGGUCGGCUUUAUUAGAAAACUCAUCGCUGCCACGAAUGGGUCUAUUCUGCUCGCUCGAAGUGAUUGUUAAACGUCAAUGUCUGCACUCGUUCCGUGUUUACGAUAAUAUUGCUCGCUCUGCAAAAACGUAGAAACAUUAUCAGUCCGAAUGCUGGUUUAAAAUAUUAGCACGGUUGGCUAUGUAUGGUGCGAAAGAAGUUCAACAUGCAUGCAAUAUACCUUCGUGCGCGUUGUCGGUCAGUGUAAUGGUAAGAAAAAAAAAUCAACUUUAAAUGUUUUCACUGGAUAUUGUUUGUUGCGCUAUCAAUUUGGCAUGGGCCUACGGUUCACGCAGCAAGAACAUCUUGAGUUAUGAUGAUGUCGACUUGUAACGUGCUGCCGCCGCGGUCUUCACUCGCUCUCGGAGAGAGAGAGAGAACGACUCGGAGAUGCGAGGAGGAACCACGGUCGAGCGGGAAGACAGUAGGAGCCAGGCAAUGAGGAGCCGGCACCAUCAACAAUUGCCAAAGGUCUCCGGUCCUCUGUAUAUCGAGGUGUUAUCGGCCGACAUAUGAGUGUUUAAAAAUGUGUGGAAACCGAGGCACCCUGAGAAAACCUGCACGUGCGAGGGGGAAACACUAUACCCCAAUCAGAUGGAACAGGUGGAGUCCACAUUUCGCUGUACCGCUUUCUGACAAAGCAAGGGCAUGAAAACCUCGAUCGACGCCCAGGGGAAGGGAGUCUUGCAACGUUCGUGUGAUCCAUCAACCCUCGCUGCCUCCACAGUGCUGGAUUACACCGCCUGACUAAGUAAUGAUGAUUAUAAUAACAUCAAUAAUGCUGCGUGCGCAUUCGUUAUCAAGGGAAGCCUUCACCGAGUCUCGAGACUUCUUCAGGAAGGUUUUGGCCAAUUUCCAUGAGCAACGAGAAUUGAUGUCUUCGCGUGCGGAAAACGGAGACUCCGGAAAAAAAACUGGGCACCUGCACGAGAGGCGAUUCCACUGAACGCUCCGUGCUGAUGGAUUCAAGAAUCCGUCACUCCACCGUCAUCUCCUGGCCACCCUUGCUCCCACCCCAUCGCUCGCUUGAGCUUAAAGCGCUGAGAAUAAUCGUAUCUGCAACGUAAAUGAUACACUGUUACUUUAAGGUCAAGGCCUAUGCACACAAGGGUCAUAUAACGUAGGAUAUGAAUCUAAUUCCAGCAGUGGAUACAAAAUUAACAUGUGUGGUGUAUACAACAAAAUAAUGUGUUAAGACCCAGCCAAGGUUGAGAGGUCAUCUUGGCCCAAGCUGAUGAUGCCACAAAGCAGGGCACCUCCCUGCUGCCAACGCACUCUCGACUCUCCACCAGAUUCCCUCAGCUGCUGACACACAAGAUACAGAGACGCCUCAAAGAUGUGCACUGACAGCCUUCCAUCACCUAGCCGUAAAUAUAUUCAAACAGAAAUCCAGACUCGCACAAAACCCUAUAUAUUCAUACAGAGACCCAUAGACUCACGGCAGAGACCCAUAGAUUCACACGGAGGCCCAUAGAUUCACACAGAGACCAAUAGACUCAUACAGACACCCAUUGUCUCACACAGACACCCAUAACAUCCCAGUGAUAGACUCACAAAGUGUCCCAAAGACUCGCACAGAGACAUACACACAAACGUCCAUAGAGACCCAUAGACUCGCACCGAGACCAAUAGGCUCACAUAGAGACCCCUAGAUCCUCCCUGACGCUCUCCCACCAUCUGCUCUUCGGUCUUCUCUUCCCCCUGGUCUCCGUAGUCAUGGAGACCACUCCGAUGCCCGUCUCGGUAACCGGACCAUGACAGAUAACGGCACUUGCUAGUGAAAGACAAAUUAUCGCCUGGCAAAAAAGCACAAUGAUAACAUUGUUGAUGAUAAUUCGUCGUGAUUAUCGUUUCGGUCACGAUGAUUGAUUGGGGCCCAAAUGGGUGAGGCUCGCAGAGUCGUUAGCCGGGAUCUCUUGCCUGGGAAUGCAUCAUGGUCAGCAGGGUUCAAAGGCCCGGUUGGGGACGUGCCGAGCCUGUGGUACCUGGUAAGAGAAACGGGGCCCCGUGCCUUCACCCUCACCCGUUAAACUAAACUAAAACAAUAUUUAUCUUACCAGGUAAAGCCCUUUAUCAGAAGCGACCUGGCCACAAAUGACAGCCCCACGAAGUGGCUUAUCGCGUGGAAAUGUAUAGCAGGCAAA